AUGUCAUCUGCUGCUCAGAUUGCGAAGCUGAUCGACGAGUUUCCAUCGGAUGCAGCUUUAGAAGCAUACGUUUCGCAAUAUCAUGACCUCGUCGGCAGAGAAGAUAUCAACACAUAUGUGCGCAAUCUAGCCAUAAAUGUGAAAUUAAAAGGAUCAAAGUUUCGUGGACUGGCGUGGAAAAUCUACCUUAGAGUUUUAAGUCCUGCUCGGGAGACAUGGAAAUCGGACAUAACAACUUCAAGGGCCGAGUAUCGUCAGAUCUCGCUAAAGUUUGGCAACAAAGACUCUUCAUCAUUCAACGGAGAUCCACUUGGUACAUCGGAUAUUUGUCCAGAUGAUAGUUGGAGAAUGAAGUUCAGGGACGAGGAGUUGAAGUCGUUGAUCAGGCAAGACGUUGACAGAACUAUUCCAGAAGUGGCUUUCUUCCAGUCGACUAAAAUUCGAAAUCUCAUGUGCGAUCUUUUAUUUCUUUACGCAAAGGUUGAUCCGAAAAUCGGAUACAAACAAGGAAUGCACGAAAUCCUAGCGCCAAUAAUUUUCACCCUCCACUGUGACGCUGCUGCUACUCAACACCUCUCCUCCGUGGGACGACUACCUCAAGAUUUGCUCCUCAUUUCGAAUGGCUCUGAACUUGCCGCUGAUUGCUACAUUAUGUUCAGUAAGGUCAUGCGCAAGUGCAGAAAGUGGUAUAUUGAUCCAGAGCCUGAAGCCAGAGAUGCUACCUCAGAACUAGAAUAUUAUAUUCGCGACGUGUACCACAACCACCUCAAAUCCGUGGACAUCGAGCUCUACCGCCACCUAGAGCGGCAUCACAUCCUCCCCCAAGUUUACGCAGUUCGCUGGCUGCGACUCCUCUUUGGUCGCGAGUUUCCAAUGCAAGAUCUUCUUUGCGUUUGGGACUUUUUGUUCGCAACGAAUCUUGAAAUGGUGAGCUCGUUUUUUGUCGCCAUGUUGGUUGGACAGCGUGUUUUGCUACUGAAUGACGAUGCGGGAAAUAUUCUCAGCACACUCAUGCGAUAUCCCUCUCCAGACGACGUUGCCAACGUGAUUGAGCAGACGAAAACAAUUGAAAAGUCUCGCCACGGUCUCAACUUUGCCAAAACGAAGAAAAAUAUCGACCAGAAAACCAGCCAAGUAAUCAACAAAAUAUCCGAUAUUUACUCGAAGAUUGACAAAGGGAUCAAAGACAUUGUCGAGUCGGAUGCAAAACCUGUUGUUGAGAGAAGCAAGUUUGAUUUUCUUUUGAAAAAGUAUGAAGAACAGAGGCAGAUGAGUCUAUUUUGCGCUGCGAGACUUGAUGCUGCUGUACAGCAAUUAUCAAGUCUUGGAUCGGCAGUAGAUGGGGAUACCAUGGUAUCAGUCGCCACAGUGAAGCAAGUUCGCGACUUUCUCUGCGGCUCGUUGAAGUGGAAAGACAUGCAGAAGCAUGAAGGAGCCAUUCAUCCAGCAACGAUACAGUGGCUUAAUAAACAAAUAAACGCUGAUGAUAAUAUUGAGGAAGCUGAAGAAGCCUGA